CGGGGCUGCCCGCCAAUGGGGAGCUGCGGCGUGCGGCCGGAACCUGGAGGCCGCGGCGGGCGCGGUUCAGUCGGGCGGCGGCGGCGGUGGUGGAGGAGGAUGUGGGCCACGCACGGACUGGCGGUGGCGCUGGCUCUGAGCGUGCUGCCAGGCGGCCGGGCGCUGCGGCCGGGCGACUGCGAAGUUUGUGUUUCUUAUCUGGGAAGAUUUUACCAGGACCUCAAAGACAGAGAUGUCACCUUCUCACCGGCCUCUAUCGAAAAAGAACUUGUAAACUUCUGCCGCGAAGCAAGAGGCAAAGAGAAUCGGUUGUGCUACUACAUUGGGGCCACGGAUGACGCCGCCACCAAGAUCAUCAACGAGGUGUCCAAGCCGCUGGCCCACCACAUCCCCGUGGAGAAAAUCUGCGAGAAACUCAAGAAGAAAGACAGCCAGAUCUGCGAGCUGAAGUACGACAAGCAGAUCGACCUGAGCACGGUGGACCUGAAAAAGCUGCGAGUUAAAGAGCUAAAGAAGAUCUUGGACGACUGGGGGGAGACAUGCAAAGGCUGUGCAGAAAAGUCCGACUACAUCCGGAAGAUCCAUGAACUGAUGCCCAAGUACGCCCCCAAGGCGGCCAGCUCACGGACUGAUUUGUAGUCGGCCCAUCCCUGCGGCCCUUGAGGGAAAGAAACAGUUCAGCUGUGUCUUCCCCAAACAGCGUUUUGUAAUUUAUUUUUAGACCAGCUCCUGACAAGUCAGGUGUGGAGCCUGAGCCUGGAGCUCUCCUGAUGGUGCUGGCUCUCCAGCACCCCUGUCGGGGGGUCACUUCCUUCUGUUGCUGGUUUUCUCUGGGACUUCAAAGUGUGUCUGGGAUUUUUUUAUUAAAGGAAGAAAACUUCUAGCUGUC